AUGGAGCCCCAGUCAAGCCUUCAGCGACGCCGCACAGCAGCACAGGAAGCAUGGUCGGACUUCGUGCAGUUGCGAUUCGAGAGCGGUGCGCUCAACUCUGACGAGCUGGAUAUCGAGAUGGAAGCCAUGGACAUAUCCCGCAGUCUCGUACGACAGCAGCGCAAUGCACGAACCAUCACCUACCGCUUACCCUCGGAGCUUCUGUGUGCUAUAUUCUUCUUUACGCGUGAAGGCUGGAACCCGCGGCGUGUUCCAGUUCAAGCCCCACCGGAGUUUGGCCUCACCGAGAUGUAUACUUCUGGUUGGACCGUCAUCACGCGAGUGUGCCAUAGGUGGAGGGAGGUUGCUCUUCAGACGCCGGCAUUGUGGUGCGAUGUCGACGUGCUCGACCUAAGCUCGGACCUGGCUCGCGCAUUCAUUCAGCGUGGCUCUACGCUUCCGUUGACCAUGACGGUACGACCUCCGACUAGGUCCCAACCAUACAUCGACGGGACCUCCCGCCAGGUUUUGGACCUCUGGCGAACACCGGUUACAAUCGAGCGUUUACAAAGCUGGUCGCUUCUGGGGAUUCAUCAGAACGUUUUUCCACAGUCUCUGUCAUUGCUCGGUCCACUACCGUCUGGUUUGCACAAGCUGUGCCUCCAUGUCGAUGACUGGCACGGAUACAGUGACCGCACUGUUCUCUUGCCCAAUGAUGUAAUCUGCACGCCAAACAAGCUUCAACGACUAUCCCUCCGCGGUUGCUUCGCACGACCAGACAAUCCAGUCUUCUCGUCCAGCAUCACUCAUAUCGACAUCCAUCUGGGCGGAUACACCCCGGGUCCUCCGAUAUCUUCGGCGCCAGAGUUCUUGAGGCUGUUAUCAACCAUGCCACGACUUGAAGAACUUGCCAUGUACAACUUUCCUUCUCCAUCCGAAGACAAUACCGUUGUUCGCUGCACGUUGCCUGCAUCCUUCAAACUGCUCAGGUGGGAUACGGAUGGUGACGGAGAUGGACUCGAUCAGGCGAUGGCGACACUUGUGAACGGUCUCCGUACCCCGCCAACGGCCUCAAUGGUUCUGAACCUUGAGAGCUGUCAUACACCCGGCGUGGCUGAAGAGCUGUCCCGCCUCAUACUCUGGGAUUUGAAGACUUACCCGAGCCCGCUAGAAAUCGUGUUAGGUCAAGGGUUUGCCGUGGCGCCAUGGCGCCGCGAUGGCUGGGCAGCACCAGCACCGCCAGAUUCUGACUUGUGGCUAGAUGAGCUAUCACUCCCCCCCGGAUUCCGAUGUAUCCUCCGACAUGAUACGCACCCUCUGCACAACACGCCGGGAGCAGCUGAUCUGUCGUCGGAACGGCUUCUCAACUCUGUGCACGCAUUCACCAUCACCGAUCGCGACGCCUCUCAGGCCGGGUACACCCACAUAGUGUACUGGCUGUCUACAUGCGCGCUGAUUCCGCAGACACUUUGCAUCACGGUCCCGCUCUUUCACUGUUACUGGCUCAUAACAGCGCUAGAAGCAGAGUCGGAAACCGGGGAAGGAGUGAGGAUUCUACCUAACCUUGAGAUCCUCGCGUUCGAGGUCCUUGUCGACGAAGAACACAGUCUGGAAGAUCAUCGAUCAAGUACCGCACUUGACGUAUCCGCUCACACUAUCGCACAUCUUGCGGUCAGCAGAAGGGAUAUGGGAUCACCGUUGAAGGAGGUUCGGAUUCGAAGGGACAUGGCGAGUGAUGCUUGGCGGAGGGUGCGGGAUGUGGUGGACGUCACGAUAUGGCCAUGA